AUUUCUUUUUCUUUCUGUGUACUUAGCACUAUGUUCAUUCAGGUUGAAGCAAAUGUUCCGACUAUCGCCAAUUUAUUAUCGCAAUUAAACCAUGUUUUAUCAUUACUGCAACAUCUUCGAGAUAAAUUUCAAAUAUUUGCAGAGUAUCAAAAUGGUUCUGAUUGGAAAGCAAUGAUUGAACAAGAACAAGAACACCAAAUACAAGCCGGUGUAGAUUCUAUCAUUAUUGAUACAAUGACAAGCAACUUGUUACGUUUUGCUGGCCGUGUUGUGGUUGUGACGGGUGCGGGUAAUGGCUUAGGAAAGGAAUAUGCUUUGGCGUUCGCUGAAAGAGGAGCUAGUGUUGUUAUCAAUGAUCUAGGUGGAACUACAUCCGGAGAAGGAAAGAAUUCUCGUGCAGCUGAUGAUGUAGUAGCUCUUAUUAUAUCAAAAGGCGGUAUAGCUGUACCAGAUUACAAUUCGGUAGAAAACGGUAAAGCAAUUAUUGAUACCGCUAUUAAUGCUUUUGGAAGAAUUGAUAUACUUAUUAAUAAUGCUGGUAUUUUACGAGAUAAAAGUUUUUUGAAUAUGCAAGAAAAUGAUUGGGAUUUAGUACAUCGUAUUCAUUUGCGUAGUAGUUAUCUCGUUAGUCAAGCAGCAUGGGCCCAUAUGCGAAAACAACAAUAUGGUAAAAUUGUAAUGACAUCUAGUACAUCUGGAAUUUAUGGAAAUUUUGGACAGGCAAAUUAUAGUGCUGCUAAAUUAGGAUUAGUUGGUUUGAGCAAUACAUUAGCAAUUGAGGGUUCAAAAUAUGGAAUUUCGUGUAAUGCUAUAGCACCGACAGCAUAUUCUCGUUUAACACAAAGUUUAUUACCGGAUGAUGCCGAACAUGGAUUAAAACCAGAAUUUGUAAUGCCGCUUGUAUUAUAUUUAUCUCAUGAAACAUGCGAUGAAACUGGAUCAUUAUUUGAAGUAGCUGGCGGAUGGAUAGGCAAAGUGAGAUGGGAAAAAUCAUCGGGCGCUGUUGUACGAAAGAAAAACUGUCCAAUGACACCCGAAGAUGUACGAGAUAAUUGGGACAAAAUAACGAAUUUUUCAAAUCCUAUGUAUCAUAAGACUCAGGUUGAUCAAGUGACACAUUUAAUGGAUGUAAUUAAACAGAUUGAUAGUGGUAGCGAUGAUAAAUCUUCGUUGAUGACUAAAAGUGAUGAAUUUACUCAAACGUUUACAUAUACACAGAACAAUACUAUUUUGUAUGCAUUAUCAAUUGGAUGUUCAACACGUCAACCAAAUGCAUUACAAUAUUUAUAUGAAAAUCAUGAAAAUUUCUCAGUGUUACCAACAUUUGCAGUGAUACCAGCACAAGCGCUAACAAUGAACAUUAUCGGAUCGUCGAAUCUAGGUUUCGAAGUAGAUCUUGCUAAGGUUCUGCAUGGCGAACAAUAUGUUGAAUUAUUUCGCCCAUUGCCACCAACAGCCACAUUGACAUUAAAGGGAAAAAUUGUGGAUGUUCUGGACAAAGGAUCAGGGGCAGUGAUUAUCUAUGAGGUCGAAAUGUAUGAUGAAGCAAAAGAAUUAUUAGGAAUUAAUCAGUUUGUCAUAUUUUCUGUGGGAUCUGGUGGUUUUGGCGGACAUCGUGAUACAGAUAAACAAAUAAAAUCUGCUCAAAUUCCAAAGAGAAAACCAGAUAAAGUAUCAAGUGAAAAAACAAAUAUUGAUCAAGCUGCGUUGUAUCGCUUAAAUGGUGACUCGAAUCCAUUACAUAUUGAUUCUGAAUUUGCAGCUAUAGCAGGCUUUCAGCAACCAAUUCUACAUGGUCUUUGUACUUUUGGUUAUGCAGCUCGACAUAUUCUUCAUGAAUUUGCAAAUGAUGAUACAAAACUUUUUAAAGCAAUCAAAGUUCGCUUCACGAAACCAGUUAUCCCUGGACAAUCCAUUGAAACUCACAUGUGGCAAGAGGGUAACCGAAUUUAUUUCGAAUCAAGAGUUCCUGAAUCAAAUCAAACAGUUCUGUCAGGCGGAUAUGUAGAUUUACAUAGUGUUAUUAUAAAUAAUGAUCCACCGGGCAGUAUUACAAACAAACAAUCUGAAACACCAGAAAGAUCCGAGGAAUCAAAAACCGGUGCUGAUUUAAAAGCAAAAGCUGCCUUCGAUGAAAUUAAUAAACGAGUUACUGCACAACCUGAUUUGGUGAAAAAAAUUAAUGCAAUUAUUGUGUUUGAUAUAACGAAAGAUGGUGCAGUUGUUCAAAGCUGGACAAUUGAUGGUAAAAAGGGCAAAUUAUAUUCGGGAAAACCAGAUGAAGCUGCUCAAGCCACAAUCACGGUCGAUGAUGAAGAUUUCGUUAAUUUAGCAGCGGGUAAAGCAAGUGCACCCGUUUUGUUUACGAAAGGCAAACUAAAAUUAAAAGGAAAUGUUAUGCUUGCACAAAAAUUAUCAACAUUAUUCAAAGAACAAUCAAAACUUUAA